GUGUUCUUCGAGAUCCAAUCUUCCAUCAAGAAAUCUUCCUUCUCUAUUCGUUUCAAUCUUUUCCAUGGCAAAUGCCUGGAGAAGAAAUCAACCUAUAAAAAUCUUGACACCGAAAAAUCUUCUCCUCUUUGUCUCCACUUCCCUUCUCCUCCUCGCGUUUUUUUACCUCUCUUCUCAGACCCCUCAAAACCCCAUAAUAUCUGCAAAGCACCUCAAGAAAAAUCCCACUUUUAAUGGAAAUUCAGUUAUUGAAAGACCCAUAAAGCCGUUUGAUUGCUAUAACAGUCCUCAAGCACACCCCGUUUUUGCCAACAUUGUUGAAGGACUGAAGUACCCUUUUUUGUAUUCGCUCGCAGAUUUUGGAAAUUUGACGGAAAAGCCUCACAAGAACAUUGUUAGGACGCUAAAAGGUAAGCCCUUCAGGAGGCCUGAUAUUUCAGCCACGGUGCAGGAGGUGUUGGAGAAGAUGAAAGGAGAGGAGGGCAGAACGGGGAUUUUCGUGGAUGUUGGGGCUAAUGUGGGAAUGGCGAGCUUUGCUGCUGCUGUCAUGGGUUUCAAAGUGUUGGCAUUUGAGCCUGUUUUUGAGAAUUUGCAGAGGAUUUGUGAAGGGAUUUACUUCAAUAGAGUGGGGGAAUUGAUAGAGGUCUUUGAGGCCGCCACAUCUGAUCACUCGGGGAAUAUAACAUUUCAUAAGUUGGUUGGUCGGCUCGACAAUAGUGCAGUUUCAUCUGUUGGUGCAAAAAUGGCUUUUAAGUCAAAUGAAGAGAUUGCACUUCAAGUCAGAUCUAUUCCCCUCGACGAAGUGAUAAAAGAGUCAGAGCCCGUUCUCUUGCUUAAAAUAGACGUUCAAGGCUGGGAGUAUCACGUGCUUAAGGGAGCGACGAAGUUGUUGUCAAGAAAGAAAGGUGAAGCCCCUUACUUAAUAUAUGAAGAAGAUGAACGCUUAUUGCAAGCGAGCAACAGUAGUGCCAAAGAGAUCCGGGAAUUUCUUCAGAGUGUGGGCUAUCAUCAAUGCACUCAGCAUGCUACUGAUGCGCACUGCAUCAAAACAAAUUGACAUUUUCGUUCUUUCUGAAAUGAAAUGACGGAAGAAGAAUAAUCUUACAUAUCGCAGUUCUCAGUAUGCUGUUGAAUGGUCAUUAUCGAUUGAGAUUUUUCCUGAACCAUGUGGUUUGAAUUGCUGGAGGAACUCGUGACGCUGGCUGUUGAUGUAAGUUUUUAGUUCAGGUUGAGGACUGUACAGCUGGGGUUUUUGGAUUUUGUAGAGGUUUGCGACACAAGGUAGCAGUAAUUGCCUUCUUUAUUUCUUCCUGAUCUUGAAGACCAUUGGAUCUUUUAUCCAUUAUUGGUGUUUUAACAUUAAGGAUUUAGACUUUGUUUGGGUGAUGCUUUUUUGCUCAUUUUUAGAAGAAAUAUAGCCGUUGCAAAAUGAAAGUUGCGAGAUAAAAAUCAAGAAAAGGGCCAAGUGGGGCCCAUAAACACUAACAUUUCUUCUAAAAAUGAGGUGGAAAAUGGCAAACAAACAGGCACUAAGUUAUUAUGGAUAUUUUCAUUUCAUGUAUGGAGGUAUGCGUUUUAUACUC